AUGGUUUCAAACCUGUCACGUGUCAACAAGGUCAAAGGUCACGCUACCAUAUAUGGGACAGAAUAUCGGUGGUGCACUCUGGGAGCCAAUCCUCCUUGGAUACGGCCUAAAAAGAAGAAAAUAUCCUAUAAAAUGGAUAUUAUGUCGCUCAAAGAGAUGACAACAACAGCAUAUGCACCACCAUCACUUACAAAAAACUUUCAUAAAUCUAACUAUCACAGGUCGAUAGCGAAGGCCCCUCUCACAGCAUUGGUAGGUGUCAAAGUCGAUGGGAGGCAACCAAAAAGGUGCCCUGACAGCCCCAGGCACAGAGUACGGUAUAAUGUUGGAUCAACCAAUAGGUGGCGUAUACCCCAGUCACUGGGCAGUGACCUCUUAGGUUCUUCUCAGGCCCUUAAGUCCAUUAAUAUACCCUACAAUAGAAGCAUGGUCAAUAUACUCACAUCUGACAAUCCCCGCAAUGAAGUGAACAGAGAUGUGAGUAAAGAGUACAGAUUUCGGCUGACAGAGGAUCGACCCUCAUCUGACCCCUCCCCCAGGAGGGCUCCUGGGUACCUCCCUGAGACUAAGCGAUGGAAGGAGAUGCUGUAUCUCCAUGACUACAGCCAAUCUGAACACAGUGGGGGAAGAAGUCCAUCUAGCUUAAACUCCUUUCAGCCAACAUCUUCCCGCCCAACCCAGCCACAGCAAUUGUUCCAGUAUCAUUCCAGAGACAGCAAGACUGCAUCGGGACCUGAUGUGCUACUGCACUGCCUUGAUAUGAACUGGGAAUUACACAGACCUUACCUACAGAAGAGUAGGGUUCUCUCUGCCCUUUUACACAAGGCUGGGGAACCCAAGACAUACAAUUACUUCAGAGAUAGCACUGGGGAGGCUCUGGACAGUCUUGUCAACAAGAGCAAAAUGUAUAGCACUAAGAGUCAAGGUCUUGAUGCAAAUAGCAGGAAGAUAGAGGUGAAAGGGGACCAUAAAGGCCUUGCCAAUAGUAGGCAUAUCUCACAGAAGAGAAUGGCAAAUGCCAUCUUCCUUUCACUUGAUAUUGAUGACCCUCUUGUGACUAAACAUGCUCUCGCUAUUGCGCUAGGCAACCUUUAUCAUGACCAGGCAGAAGUUGAGACUGUUGAUGUAGCAGGUGUUCUUGCAGCUGCGGCUGCUCUGGGCUUUGAGCAGCUAGAGACAAGUUGUAGACAAAUAAUGAUAAACACCAUAUCCAGUUCAACAGUGGCAACCUACCAUAAAGUUGCAGAACAGUAUGGACAAGAAGAAGUUGUUUGUAUGUGUGAAAGAUGGUUAGAUCUCAACCUGGUACCUUGGCUGAGUACACAAAUACACCUGAGACAACUGCCCUUUGACUUACUUCAGAAAACACUACGUUCAAACAGAUUGUUCUGUUACAAUGAGAACUCACUCUACAAGGUUGUUGCUUAUUGGUUGUUCCUGCAGCUGAACCCCAACAUGCAACUCCUGCCUUCUUACUCUACAGUACUCACAUACUUCAACAGCCUACCAAAGACCAGUGCCUUGUUAGAACGUCAUGAAGGCCAAAUGUAUAUACCCCUGUUUCAAGCCCUUAGGCUAGAUGGCAUCAAUGACACUAAUCACAUGAAGGAUAUCCAGCAGAUGAACAUAAUUCCACAGAGCUGGCUUGUCAAGAUUCUAACAGAGCAUUACCAUGCACUCCAAGGUGGAGGUGAUAUGUCACUUUUACAGAACUUCAACAUGUCAGCUGUGCGUCAUGGAUUCAUCGUUGACAAAGGUCCCCAGUACAACAGCCAAAUUCUCUCUCUUCAUGGUUUUCACUUUGAACUUAAGGCUGUUUACCACGAUGGCUCCAAAGCAACAUAUUCUUUCUUUAUGCAGCGUUUGAGGCCAACAGAUCCUGCCCUAUCAUUCAGACAAUGUGAAAGACAUACAUUUUCAAUGCGACCUGAUCGAGAUGUACGCUAUUGCAUUCUGGUCCAAACCAUGCAUCAGGGGGAGCAUGCGUCCCACAGCACGGGAGUUCAAUGUCAGAGAUUCGCUCUAGGCUCAAAAACGAGCAAAAGCAAGGUUUUAACAAUAGAGAACCUGGUCCCACCGAUUCAUGUCUCAUUUGCAAUCCAGUUCCCUCCUUCCUAGUAAUAUAGAACAGUAUUUAGGAUAGUGCCAAAUUUAGGAGCAAUUUGCAAUUAGGUUUGAAAUACAACCACCACAGUACAGCAUACACGUAUGAACCCAUCAAGCAGUAUGACAAUCAGAUAUGUCUGACCAUCAGUUACAUAAUAUGGAGCUAAAGUUUGUUUUCAUCUCGUGUAUGAAUCGAUAUCAAUCACAUAUCAUUUAUGGACACAUUUUGCAGAUCAUGUAUACAUGUAUGACAAUCAUAUAUAUCUUAACACGAAUUAUAUUAUGGCCGGAGCUCAAGCAGGUCCUCAUUGUGCAGUGUAUGAUAUAUCAAGAUUUGUUUGCUCCGCACAUGGAGCUUAGCACCAUAUAAUUUGGAGUUCAAUAUGAUCUGAUAUUAAUAAUAGUUGAUGCAGUAUUAUAAUACGUAGUUAUUAAGUUCAACUAAUACCAUAUAGAAUGUAUUACUUGUUGAACAGAUUUUCCUUUUUUUAUUUUGUUUGUUUUAUAUGUGACAAAUAUGUUGCCAUAUGUGUUGUCUGUUGUAUAUUUUAUUAGUAUAGUAUUUCAUUUUUAAAUGUAUAACUUUUAAUUUGAAUUUUAGUUUGCAAUGUAUCAUAAUUUGAAAUUUGCAAUUUACAUGUUCAUGUAUAUGAUUUGAUGUGUGUGAAAUUAGGACUAUCGGACAGUAUUAUUCAAACAAGGCAUUAACAUGCAAA